GAUAAGUUUUGUAAGGGGGAUAUACUUUCUUGUGACAGUUCCGACGCUUAUCUAUCAAUCGGAAGCGAAUUUCAGUCACGAACAUGGAUUCGGUGGCCGGAAAAAUAAAAAUAUUAUUGACAGAUCUAGGAAUCUUAACAUUAAUGAUUUAAAUAUUCAUCAAUCAACUGAGAAACGCAGCAGUUGAAACGACUGAAUGCGAAUUGUGCACUGGCUCCUAACAAGGAAGUACAAGUAGCUAGCUAACGUUAGCUACCUAGCUAGUUCGCUAACGCUAUGGACCUCGAUGCUGUCAAUCGACUGGACUUCUACAUUGGCCUCUCCCUGGCAGUCAGCUCCAGUAUUUUUAUCGGCGGCAGCUUUAUUCUGAAGAAGAAGGGUCUCUUGCGACUAGCGAAAAGGGGCUCAACGAGAGCUGGACAAGGUGGACAUGCCUACCUCAAGGAAUGGCUGUGGUGGGCAGGACUUAUAUCAAUGGGAGCCGGUGAGGCAGCAAACUUCGCAGCAUAUGCUUUUGCACCGGCCACACUUGUGACACCGCUGGGAGCUCUCAGUGUUCUGGUGAGUGCAGUCAUGUCGUCCUAUUUCCUGAAUGAGCAUUUGAAUGUUCACGGGAAGGUUGGCUGCUUGCUGUGCAUCUUGGGUUCCACUGUGAUGGUUCUCCAUGCCCCACAAGAGGAGGAAGUGGCUACCUUAAGUGCCAUGGCUGAGAAGCUCAAAGAUCCAGGAUUCAUUGUGUUUGCUGUAUGCGUUGUGGUGAGCAGUAUGAUCCUGAUAUUCGUGGCUGCACCACGCUAUGGACAGAACAACGUGCUGGUUUACAUCCUGAUCUGCUCUGUGAUUGGGUCCUUGUCCGUGUCUUGUGUGAAGGGCCUGGGCAUUGGCAUCAAGGAGCUUUUCUCUGGGAAGGCUGUGCUGCAGGAACCCCUGUUUUGGGUCUUGCUGCUGCUUCUGGUGGCAUGUGUCAGUUUGCAAAUAAACUACCUGAACAAGGCUCUGGAUAUCUUCAACACCUCCAUUGUCACACCCAUCUAUUAUGUUUUCUUUACCACCUCGGUCAUGGCAUGCUCUGCAAUCCUCUUCAAGGAGUGGUUUCGGAUGACAGUGGACAACGCUGUGGGCACAGUCAGUGGGUUCCUCACCAUCAUCCUGGGCAUCUUCCUCCUCCAUGCCUUCAAGGACAUUACUUUUAGCUGGGACACUCUUCCACUCUUCCUGCACCAGGACCACCAGGGAUCCACCUGGGGUCAACCCUACAUUGCUCUUUCCGAUGAGGAGAUUCCCACUGACGAGUAUGGGCAGUCCUCCAGGAUCAGAGCCACAACAGGGAACUUGCCAGACAAGAAUAUUGCCAUCAUUACCUAACAUAAUCCCUACCAACACCUUAUAACCCUGGAUUGCAUUGCAUGAUAGGUCAGUUUUGAACUUAUUAUACUGUAGGAGCUGUAUCAUGCCCUAAUGCUUGUGAAGUCAUUCAGAAUCCCAUGUGUGCCUUUAUUUUAUACACUGAAGUCAUGGUAAUAGCUUGAUGUUUACUUUUUACCUUUGUUAGGGUAAAACGUUCAAAAGUGUUUUGUAAUGGAGUGUAGACUAAAGCGUGCAUUGCCACUUUCAUGGUGCCUUGUUUAAUGUAUGAAUUUUGUUUUUAUCAGUAUUGUUUUCCAAUACCCUCUUCAGUUUUUGCCAAAUGCGCGGAUCAUAUGAAAUUUGAUAUUGAUAAAUGAUACAUCAAAUUUGAAAGUACUGUCAGGAAAAAAUGCCAAUGUAUUGAAUGUUUUUUAAAUUUAUUAUUUAAGCAGUUGUAAUUUGAGUUAUGUACAUAAUGACUCUGGAAUAAUGUGUAACAAUAGACUGUAAUAAUUUUUACCUUGGCAUUAAUAGUGAGUAAACCAUAGGCUGUGAUCUUUCAGCUAGAUUUUCUACUAAUUUAAGUAUAAUUGAUUAUUUAUUAAAAUUUAAUUAAUUGUGCAAUAUUCUUAUAGUAAUGACCUUUUUAUGUGCUGUAAUGCAUAAUAAAAUAUUCCUUCUUGUAAUCCAAA